ACGACGCGCGCCGCUUCGCGGGGCACGAGGCGGGCCAAGCGAAGCGGGAUCAUGUGAGAGUCCACGCGACGAAAGUAGGUUAGAGCGAGGGGAGGGAAGGAGGCAGAGACAGAGCAGCAAAGCGAGCGGACAGUUCCAGCGCUACGGAGGACGCGGCGAAACGUCCGUAAACACUCACUGGCAUUUUAUUAGGCUUAGCGACAGGCGCCACUUCUGAAACAUAUGAGGAUUUGCUUCUCUUUUCAUUUUUUUCAAAGGCUCCAACCCGGAGCUUUAAGAACUAUAUUUAGUAAUUGUAUUUACCUCUUUUAUUUUAAUGGUUUGUUAUUGCAUGGCUCGAAGAUAAUAUAACAAAGAUGAGAGCUCAAAUUGAAGUAAUCCCAUGUAAAAUCUGUGGGGACAAAUCAUCUGGGAUCCACUAUGGCGUGAUCACCUGUGAAGGAUGCAAGGGAUUCUUCCGGCGUAGUCAGCAGAACAAUGCCAUGUACUCCUGCUCCCGGCAGAGGAACUGUCUGAUCGACCGCACCAACCGCAACCGAUGCCAGCACUGCCGUCUGCAGAAGUGCCUGGCACUGGGGAUGAGUCGCGAUGCCGUCAAGUUUGGCCGCAUGUCCAAAAAGCAGCGAGACAGCCUCUACGCCGAGGUCCAGAAGCACCAGCAGACGCAGGAGCGUGGUGGCGGGAUCCGGGACGACGGGGGCGAGAACGCCGUCCACAGUAGAGCCUACAGCAGGAGCUCCGGCUCGGCCCUCAGCGACCUCGACGACAUCACCACGCUGCCUGACGGACUGCUCUUCGACCUGCCCCUAACACCAGAGGGCGCCAGCGAGUACUGUGCCCUGGAGCUCCUGGGAGGGAGCGCCGGGAGCAGUUCGUCCACGCAGAGCUCGCCGGAGCAGAGCAGCCUGGACUUCGCAGACGGCAGCCUGGUCGACCACGAGUAUCAGCUUCUCCACGAACCCAGCCUCUUCGCACACUCCCUCCUCAACGGCUCCCCCGCCAGCUGCUCCCUGCUCGAGAUCGAGCGCAUUACCCAGAGCGUGGUGAAGUCCCACCUGGAGACGUGUCAGUACAGCACAGAGGAGCUGAAGAGUCUCAUGUGGAACCAGUACACACCUGAGGAGAUCCGUAUCUACCAGAGCAAGUCUGCGGAGGUCAUGUGGCAGCAAUGUGCUCACCAGAUCACCAACGCCAUCCAAUACGUGGUGGAGUUCGCCAAGCGCAUUGCCGGCUUCCUGGACCUGUGUCAGAAUGACCAGAUAAUCCUUCUCAAAGCAGGAUGUUUAGACAUUCUCCUGAUCCGCAUGUGUAGAGUCUACAACCCACUGAACAGCACUUUGCUUUUUGACGGCAAGCACGCUGGUGUGCAGCUCUUCAAGGCUCUCGGCUGCGACGACCUGGUCAGUACUGUGUAUGACCUGGCAAAGAGCCUGUGCCGGCUGCAGCUCACCGAGGAGGAGAUGGCCCUCUUCAGUGCCGCUGUCCUGCUGUCACCAGACCGACCGUGGUUGACUGACACCCAGCAGGUUCAGAAGCUGCAAGAGAGGGUUUAUCUUGCGUUGCAGCAUUGUCUCCACAGGGGGGGCGCUAGUGAGGAAAAACUGGCCAAGAUGGUGUCCAAAUUGCCCAUGAUGAAGUCCAUUUGCAACCUUCACAUCGACAAGCUUGAGUUUUUUCGCCUGGUUCACCCAGAAACGGCGUGCAGUUUCCCCCCUCUCUACAAGGAGGUGUUUGGGAGUGAAAUCACCUUCCCGGACUCCACUGUGAGCUAAGGCCGAUCAGAGAGCAAGAUGGAAGGAUACAGAGAGAGAGAGAUGUGUUGAAAUGGACAGAGACAGCGAUUUGGGAGGAUUAUACAAACCCAAAACGCCACCAGCAACUCUGCGACAAUCCCGCACGCAACACUUUAAUAAAUUGUGACACGCUGCCCCCAUCUUGGGUUUCUUCUGUGACGCCCAAUCCAGUGCAGCCGUUACACGAGGGUGGUGCACUUCUCGUAGGCCGUCCCCUGCAUACCGCCACACUGUCGGGAGAAACGUCCCAGGCUGUAAAGCGGUUCCCCCUGUUCACCUCACGUACGACCCCCGGAACCUGAAGUGCCCUGUAAUGUGACAUCUCGCCCUCCCGAAUCUCUACCAUCCCUCCACCCAAGCGGAGCACGAAUGUACCCCAGAGCCCCAGCCCAGAUCGUGAAUGUACCCGUGUUCUGUUUCCCUUACGGCUGUGCUUCUGUGAUGCCUGUUUGUUGAUCCGGGGCCCGGCUAUUGUCGAUAGUGCCCUUUUCUUUGCCAUUUCAUCCCCUGAACAAAUGAAGGGACCAAGUUAGGAUACCAUUCACCAUAGGUUCAGUGUGACAUAAGCUCACCGUGUGAUGGAUUCGGCAGUAUGCUGUAAUGACAGAUAUGCACCAGCAGGGUGGAAGAUCAUUCUGCACUGGCGCAGUGCAGUAACUCACUGACCUGUGUCCAUUGGGGCAUGUUCAGUAGGCACCUUUUGGAGCUGCUCUUUUCAAGAUGCAGUAGGCGAGCUCAUACGCACUACCUGUUCCUGCCCGGGAAUGCCAAAAUAAGCACCUUUUUUAUUUAUUAAUGAGUGUGUAAAUCCACCUUAUCGUGAACGUGUGUCCCCAAGGAAACGUUGAAGAAAGUGUGAGAGACAGAGGGAGAUGGUCAGGCGAGAUAGUGGAGCUGAAACGGUCCCCCAGUGACUGCCUCGGGGGUUGGGGGCUUAAGAUGGGGAUGGAGCGUCUCUGGUGCCGCUGCUCUCCCCCCUCUACUCCCAGAGCUCUGAGGAUUGACACUCUAAGCACGGUGCCCUCCUGAAGUCGUCACAUGCUGCCCCCGGAAAUCGCAGCGGCGCAGCUCAGCCGAAAAGGCUUUAGCGGAGACGCUCAGUGGGGACGACGGGCUGCAGUGAGCGGCGUGACUGAUAAGACGGGAAGUUUUAAUGCCACUUUUUCGCGGACUGACUCGGAGUGGCCCCGUCGUUUCUCACACUGCACUGCACCUCUGCGGAAGCCUCAGUUAUGGACUGUGGAAUCAGAGCAGAUUAAAAUAGCAGAAGUGGGGGAGGCGGGAAAAGACAAACUGCACUCAAACUUUGGGAGUGAGAGAGAAGGCGGGACGGAGCGGGAGUGACAGAAAUCCCCUGCAGCCAGUGAGACCGAGGUAGCCUUACUCGGAACAGACUGCAGUUUUAAUUGAGUCCAUCUGCAUUGUAAAUCUUGAGUGGAGGUCAGCAUUGCAUCAGUGUCUCUCCUCACUCACUUCGCUCGGGUCCUGCGUCGCCAUUCCACUUUGACACAUGUGAGGGCUGACAGAGCCCUCAGUCCCCCCCCGAGUUUGGGACUAUUUGUUAUUUUUUAUAUGUGCUCUUGUGUGUUCUUCGGUGCAAAAGAAAAUGAGG